GCCGGGUUCUACAAAGAAAUGUGAAUGCUCAACGUAAUUUUGGUAUCGAACAAGUGCAAACGCUUAUUACACCUGAUGGUACAAGAACCGAGUUUAAUGAGGAUCAAGCUCUCUUACCAAAGAUUAAUUACGAGCCACCUUCAAUGAAUUUUCAUCGAAUUUGUUUCAUUAUUUUUUCAUCUUUUAUCGUACCAAUAUUUUUUCACUUUGUAGGAAACAUAUAUGUUGGUAUCGCAACUAUUUUUGUUGUAACUUAUAUGGGAGUAUAUUUGCAUGUAAGAGAAUACUCAGAGAGAAAUUGUAAUAUUAUUCUUGUUGCGUUUCUGGAUUACGUUAAGAAAAAUACUUCUUGCUUUCAUUAUAUGCCCCGAUGGGAUGGAUUUAUUGCGCUAGCCCUUACCGAUAUUAUAACA